GAGAGAACCGCUUCUCAAUUGGUUUCUGAGGAAUUGAUUCUUUAAGGAACGACGAUGGCGUUGUCUGCUUUGAAUCAGCUCUAUCUUUCCCUCGCGGAUAAACCCGAGCAGGAGAAGAUAACGCCUGAAGAGAUGAGUGUAAUUGCCUCUUGCCAUCUCAAAGUUCUGUGGACUGCUGGCUUUGCCUCUGGUCUAGCAGGUGGUUUAGGUUGGCAAGUGGCGAAAAGGAUGAAAAUGCUGAAGCUUCCUCUUACCGUUUUACCUGCUGUGGCGGCUUUUUCUGCUGCUUGGGAUUGGUCAGGCUCCACUACUGCUGUUUCUUGCCUUGAUAAUAUUCUUAAGCAAGAUGCUACACGUAUGCAGAGAGAGCUUGUCAAUGUUUUAGUCAAGUAUAAUAGAGGUGAAGCUUGGAGGUGGCAACUUAUGUCUAAGCAUUUCUAUCCUGAAGCUGUUUACAACGAUCAAGGAGAGAAACCUCAGAUGCGCUGGCGUAAGAGGAGGACUUUUACAGAACUUGCCGCUACUUAUGAUGAUGAUGAUGUUGAUGAAGCUAAACCUCAGAGAACCAAUAAUGGCUUACCAAACCGAAGCAUUUCCCAUGGAUCUGAUGCUUCAAAAACUAAACCAGUGCUCCAAAACAGCUCUGGAAAUUCGGAUGGCGAAAUGGUGGAUGAAGAAGAUGGUCUUGACAGUGUAUUUGGUGGACCAGAACCAACAGAGAGCGUUCCUGCGCCGGUUAAUGCGAAAGCUUCAAGUAAAGCGCAAACUCGCAAACAGAAAAGAGCUCAACGAAGACUUAGACGAAAAAACCGUGAAGAAGCUUCCAUUAAUAAUACUACUCCUCAGUAUGAACUUGCUUAGACUUAGACAAAACAAGUUUGCUUUGUACUGUUUGAUGAUUAUCACGAUGAAUCUUGUCUUGAAUUUCUGUAAGCUCCAUUUAACUUAAUACUCCAGGUUUCAUUUUCCAUAUUGUCAUUUUGAAUCCCAUUUUGUGGAGGACUAUCAUGUAAUAAAAAGUGUUGAGGCUUUUAAGAUGUCUU